CAGCUGUGCCGACCAAUGGGGGUGCGGCCCGCGGCCUAUAAGAAUCAGCUGGGCCCCAUCCACCUGGCUCUCAGGUCUGUUAGUCCUAGCCGCCGUCGGAGGUGUCCCCUGGGUUUGCCACGCCGCCGCCGCCGCCGCCGGGUCCCGCACCCCGCCCCCAGCCUCGGCCGGUGCGCAGACACUCUCACUACUCUCGUCGACUUAACCAUUCCCGGGUUUCUGCCGUCGGGGCGCCGGGGCCGGGCGAAUGAUGCCGUCGGGGAGUGGAGCUGAGAGCCUGGAGCGGCCAGCUGCGCAAGUGGGGACGGAUGCGUCCUUGGCAGUGGCCACGGCUGGGGCGGCCGGCGGCGGCCCGGACCCGGAGGCCUCCUCGGCCUCUCCGGGACGACACCAGAGCCGGCUGAGCUGGCCACAGGUGAAGCGGCUGGACGCGCUGCUGAGGGAACCGAUCCCCAUUCACGGGCGAGGCAACUUCCCCACGCUGAGCGUGCAGCCCCGACAGAUCGUGCAGGUGGUCCGCAGCAGCCUGGAGGAACAGGGAUUGCACGUACACAGUGUUCGACUGCACGGCUCAGCCGCUAGCCACGUGCUGCAUCCUGAGAGUGGCCUAGGCUACAAGGACCUGGACCUGGUGUUCCAGAUGGACCUGCAGAGUGAGGCAUCCUUCCAGCUGACCAAGGCAGUGGUCCUGGCUUGCCUGCUGGACUUCCUGCCAGUGGGAGUGAGCCGGGCCAAGAUCACGCCACUGACGCUCAAGGAGGCCUAUGUGCAGAAGCUGGUGAAAGUGUGCACGGACCUGGACCGCUGGAGCCUCAUCUCGCUAUCCAACAAGAGCGGUAAGAACGUGGAGCUCAAGUUCGUGGACUCCGUGAGGCGCCAGUUUGAAUUCAGCGUUGACUCCUUCCAGAUCAUCCUGGACUCCCUGCUGCUCUUUGGCCAGUGCUCAUCCACGCCGAUGUCAGAGGCCUUCCACCCAACUGUGACAGGCGAGAGCCUCUACGGGGACUUUGCUGAGGCCUUGGAGCACCUGCAGCACCGAGUCAUUGCCACGCGAAGCCCCGAGGAGAUCCGUGGCGGUGGCCUCCUCAAGUACUGCCACCUCCUGGUGCGGGGCUUCAGGCCAAGGCCCAGCACUGAUGUUCGGGCCCUGCAGCGAUACAUGUGUUCCCGUUUCUUCAUCGACUUUCCGGACCCGGUGGAGCAGAGGCGCAUUCUGGAGCGCUACCUAGAGGCCCACUUUGGCGGAGCAGAUGCAGCCCGCCGGUACGCUUGCCUUGUAACACUGCACCAGGUGGUCAACGAGAGCACAGUGUGCCUCAUGAGCCAUGAGCGCCGCCAGACUCUGGACCUUAUCGCGAUGCUAGCCCUCCAGGCCCUAGCUGAGCAGGGCCCUGCUGCCGCCGCUGCCCUGGCCUGGCGGCGUCUAGGCUCCGAUGGGGUUGUGCCAGCCACGGUUAACUACUAUGUGACCCCCAUGCAGCCUCUGCUGCCCCGGGCUCACUCCUAUCCCACCUGGCUGCCUUGCAACUGACUCUCAUCCUGGCCAGGAGGAAAUGUGCGCCACCGGGGUGGGGCGGAGUCAUCAGGUGUGUGUGUGGAGGAUGUGACCAGACACAGGCCACCUGUGUCAGCCGGCCGGGGACUAUAGCGCUGGGCCUUUGAACAGACUAGACUUUCCCUGCAUGAUGUCCUAUGGGCUUUAAGCCAAGUCAGGGUCUUGAGAGGAGGACCCUUUGGUCCUCGCACCACACUCUUGGGCCUGCUUGACUUGGGUCAUGGAGGCUAAUGUGUCUUGAAAAGACAAAGUCAGCUCUGGGGUCGGGGGCAGUCUCAGCAGCAACACCUUGGGUUGAUCCCCAUGGCCUAGAUGGGGUCAGCCCACAGGGACCCAGAAGCUCCUGUGCGGGCUAAAAUAUGACAUCAUGUGACAGGAUACUCACCUGGGGUCUAGCUGAAUGACUCAGAGCCUGGUGGCCCAACUUCAUUGACCAUUAGGAAGAGAUAAACUAAGGUAUGAGGCAGCUCCCUGGAUUUUUGGAGAGACGGGAAUUCAGUCCCUGGGACUUGCAUGGACUUCUUGAGGUGCUGAGGUUUACAGUGAAUGGGCUCUGAACAGCAGGACAGGAUGCAGCCAUACCCCUCCCUUCCCUUGUGGCCUCCCAGGAGCCCUGCCGUCUGAACACUUAAUAUUGGAGGCUGCUGGGUCCAGAGCUGCUGCAGUUAGGGGCACCCACCCCACUUGCUUGGUUACAGGAUCUUCACCAGGGGGAGGGAGGCCUGCCCCAUCUCUCUUCUCUGGACUGGCUGCUGUGCUGCACUCUUCCACCAAUAAAGAUCAUCUACACCGA